AUGUCUACCAGCGAAGCAGACGAGCGAGCAUCACUGCUCCAAUUUCCCGGCUCAUACGGCGCGCAGGACGAGGAGAGCCUCCCAGAUGCGUACAAGCAAUUCUGCUUGUUGAUGGGCAACCGUCCGAUCGAUCAUCCAGCAGACCAAGACUUCUAUCCUCCGAAAGAUACGCUGUACCAUCGUGCCCUCCAUCAUCGCAAGAACCAGGGCAGGAUUCACGCUUUCAGCUCGGCGUUCACGAAUACACUGCUCCUCGCGCAGAUUGUCCUGGGAGCAACACUCACUGGACUUGGGGCGAGCGAUCAGAGCCGUGCUCUUAUUACGACUUUUGGGGCUUUGAACACGAUCAUUGCCGGUCUGGUCGCAUUCCUCAAAUCUCGAGGGCAACCCAUGAGGGCGCGCAUGUUUCGGGAUGAUCUGGACAGAGUCGUGGAUGAAAUCGAGAAUUCGGCUAUUAUGUGGAGAGGCAUCUCGCAGAAAGCGCACGGCUACGAUGCUAUUGAUACAGAUGAGUCGGUUACCGUACGCAGCGAAGUGGCGAGGUUGACGAGACUGUACGAUCGGGCUGUCAAGACGAAUACGAUGAAUGAUCCGGACUUCUAUGGUACUGGAAUCACUCAGGAUCCGCACAAUGCUGGGCUCAGGAGCCGUACUGGUCAAACGCUUCUACCAACUAUGCCACCGAACUUACCUGCUGGUUCUGGUCCUUCUGGUGCCGCUACUGGUCCAGCUCCAGCGAUACCCGAUGCUGCUGCUGAUCCUGAUGAAAGUCCUGCGACAAAGGCUCCAGAGGCGAAGAAAGACGAUGAUAUUGCUAAAGAUGCCGGUGCUGGGGCUUCCCAGCCUGCUGAUGGGAAAGGCAAGCAACCUGAAGAAGCGAAGCCAGUUGUAGACACUCCAGCACCGGCGCCUGUUGAUCUCGAUGAAAGUCCUGCUACCACUGCGGCUCCGGCCAAGGCCAAGGACGACUCUGCUCCUGGCAACGGGGCAGGGAAUGGAGACGAUUCCAAGAAGGCUUGA